UUGUUGUUGUCCGGAGGCGGAGGUCGCAGGUUCGCUCGCUCGCUGGGUCGAUCUGUGGCGGUCGACAGCAGGUCGGUCGCGAGAGCGGGCUCUGUGCAGGGGGGCGAGGCUAUGUCGCGGUGGCAACCCGGAUGGGCCGGCAGGGCCGGGAGUAACGGGACGUCGCCGCGGAGCUUCUCCCAGAUACAGUGCGACCCGAGUGGAGGCCGCGGCGCCGCUUUCCGCCCCUGAGGAGGCCGCACCGCGCGGAGUCCGCCUUGCUUUCGCCCCAGUACCGACGAAAAGCGACCAGACCGGUCCGGCCCGAUCUGCCAGGCCCAUACAGGCAGCACUAGCCCUUCUGGAGCAAGGAGUCUUUUCCCCAAGGACAUGAAGCUGUUGGAGAACUCGAGCUUUGAGGCCAUCAACUCACAACUGACAGUAGAGACUGGAGAUGCCCACAUCAUUGGCAGGAUUGAGAGCUACUCGUGUAAGAUGGCAGGAGAUGACAAACACAUGUUCAAGCAGUUUUGCCAGGAGGGUCAGCCCCAUGUGCUGGAGGCACUGUCCCCACCCCAGACUUCGGGCCUCAGCCCCAGCAGACUGAGCAAAAGCCAAGGUGGUGAAGAUGAGGGUCCCCUCAGUGACAAGUGCAGUCGCAAGACCCUCUUCUAUCUGAUUGCCACACUCAAUGAGUCCUUCAGGCCAGACUAUGACUUCAGCACAGCCCGAAGCCACGAAUUCAGCCGGGAGCCCAGCCUGAGCUGGGUUGUGAAUGCAGUCAACUGCAGCCUGUUCUCAGCUGUGCGGGAAGACUUCAAGGCCCUCAAGCCGCAGUUGUGGGACGCAGUGGAUGAGGAGAUCUGUCUAGCUGAAUGUGACAUCUACAGCUAUAACCCAGACCUAGACUCUGACCCCUUUGGGGAGGAUGGCAGCCUCUGGUCUUUCAAUUAUUUCUUCUACAACAAGCGGCUCAAGCGAAUUGUCUUCUUCAGCUGCCGCUCCAUCAGUGGUUCCACUUACACACCCUCAGAAGCAGGCAAUGAGCUGGACAUGGAACUGGGGGAGGAAGAAGUGGAGGAAGAGAGUGGAGGCGGAGGCAGUGAGGGCAGGGCUGAAGAGACCAGCACCAUGGAGGAGGACAGGGUCCCAGUGAUCUGUAUGUGAUGAGGAGAAGCAGAGGCCCCAGCUUCAUCCAGCUUCAACCAGUGCCUGGACCUACCCACCUGAGGGGCCCAGGGCCUCCCCAGCUGCUGGCCAUACCCUGGCACUGCCCAAGGCCAAAUCUGCCUAGCCCUUUGGCUCCAGCCUGUGGAUGUGCACUCAUCCUCGAAGGCUCCUACUGCCCAUGCUGUGACUGGACUAGACAGCACGGGGCCUGCUGGAAAGAGUGACUGCCCUGCCCAAGCAGACUGCCACAGCAGGGACAGCUGGACCACAGAGUUUAUUUUUGUAUUUCCUACUGGGUCUGUACACUCCUGGCCUGAGRCCCAGCAAGCAGGCUCCUGUCUUGAGCCAGUGGCCCCUGGUGCCUACCUGUUCCCCCCACCUCACCAGGUGGGCCGUGUGCACUGAGUGUCACUUUGCUGCAGCUCAUUUGUUUCCAAUAAAAGUUUCUGUGACUCCGGA